GAGGGGAAAGAGGAAGGGUAAGAAGAGUAAGAAACAGAAUAACUGAUGACAUCAGAGCUACAAUAGUGGACCAUGUCAUCAACCAUGGGAUGACCCUGAGGGAAGCUGGCCAACGGGUUCAGCCUAAACUGAGCCGCUACACUGUGGCAGGCAUCAUUAGGACAUUUCGAAAUGAGAAUCGAAUUGCUAGACGUCCAGAUGUUGGGGGCAGAGGCAGAAUGUUCACUCCAGAGCAAGAGACCCAUAUAGUGAACAUGGUGAUUGCCAAUAAUGCAAUAAGACUGCGCGAAAUACAGCAGCGCAUAAUUGAUAAUGACACCAUCUUUCAAAAUAUACACAGUGCAAGCAUUUCUGCACUGAGUCGUGUACUUGCGCGCCACAGAAUAAGAAUGAAGCAAAUUUACAGAGUUCCUUUCGAGAGAAACACAGAACGUGUAAAGCAACUGCGAUAUGACUAUGUGCAGAGAGUGAUGGAACUAGAAGCAGAUGCAAUGGGACAUGAGCUACUUUUUGUGGAUGAGGCCGGUUUCAACCUCAGUAAAACCAGGAGACGUGGCAGGAACAUUAUUGGACACCGUGCCAUCAUCAAUGUCCCAGGACAACGUGGUGGUAACAUAACCAUGUGUGCAGCUAUAAGCCAAAAUGGUGUUGUUCACCAUCAUGCAACCAAAAAAAAAAAAAAAAAAAAGACUUCCGGCGCCCCCGUGUGCGGCAGCCAGUUACAGCAGCUCUGCUCAUUCUGAGUUUCUUUCUGUCUUAUCUUUUUCUUCUCGUAAUUUUUUAUAACUAACAUAUUAGUAAUUAGUCUCUGCAACCAUGUUCUACCGUUUUGUGCUAGUUCUGGUCGUUUUUCUUAGUUUUUUUUCUACUUUUUUCACUCGUGUCUGGGGACCCAGAGCAGGGAUCCUUUGUUUACAGUAAGGAUCAGCUGUUAGCGCUGCGUCCCACAGCGGUACUGCCGGUGUUCUGGGAAUCCAUCCUACCUGACAAAACUUCCUACCCAACUUUUCUGCGCAGACGCGGCUCAUGCGCACAACACCAACGCUGAAUUAACUUCUUUUUCCCUCACCCAUCCAGAAUACUUCUUAAGGUUAUGGUUAUGGUUAGGGUUAUGGUUAGGGGUAGGGUUAGGUUUACUCGCAAGUCACGGUCAAAUUAUAAUACGGGUAGGACGUUUUGUCAGAGUAGGAUGGUUUCUCAGAACACCGGCGGACAGACUCGACAUUCCCAGCGAGCUGAGGAG